AUGCAGCACUUAAUGCCAGGAUUUGACGUUCUGAUCUCACAAGUGAGAAAAACAGGCGGAUUUUACAUGACCACCUUUGCUCUUUUUCUUUACCACGUUGUGUUUGAUGAACACUUGAAAUGCUUAUGUAAAUAUGGUGUUAAACCAGAGGUUACUUAUAACCAUUGUCACGUCUACAUGGUGUUGCCAACUGUCAUCUUGUUUCUCUUGACUCUCUGGAUGGAUGGACAGUUUCAACGUAUCUUGAGAAUUACAUGCAGAGGUAAAUGUAAUUUGUGGGGAAGACUGUUGGCAAUCCUCAUUAAGGCGGCUGCUAUAGGGUUGCUGUGGGUUGUGUCUGUACUCCUUGAUGGGGACUGGUACGUGUGCUAUCAAAGAACAGAGCUUCCCUGCAAGAACAACACUGUUCUUGCAGGGAACACACACUACCAAGAGGAACUAGAAAAGCAAGUCGAAUCUCAUUUCAAAAGGGAGUCCGUGGUGAGUAUCUUUCAUUAUUUACUUGUUAUUGAUUAUUGAAAGUCCCCAGAAUAUUUAAGGGGGGUGGACACCAGAGUAUUUGGAGGGGGGGUGGAGACCAGAGUAUUGAAGGGGGUGGCGACCAGUGUUUUGAAGGGGGUGGAGACUAGAGUAUUGAGGGGGGUGGAGACUAUAGUAUUGACGGGGGUUGGAUACCAGGGGUGCGUUCAGUAUGCUUAAACGUUUGCUAUGUUGCUUGUACUGAAUGACACAUUUCCCAAAAACGUUAUUGUACGUCCUUGAACAGAUCAGUCUAGACUUUAAGGUAUGUUUGCUCCCGUUUGGUGGGUGUGGCGAGGUUUGGCUUGAAGCAAUGAGUGAGGUAUUUAAAGGGCAGUGGCCAUGCUGACAGCGUUCCCCAACCCACAACCCAACCCCUCCCUGUUUUUCAACUGGUCGUUCAAUACAGCACCGUUUCCCUUCAAAUGAAUGUUUCAGAACAUAAAAACAUAUUGAACGCAUCCCAGAGUAUUGAGGGGGAGACCAGAGUAUUGAGGAGGGGGGGGGGGGGGGGGGGGGGGGGGGGGGGGGCAGAGUACUGAGGGUGGGGGCAGAGUACUGAGGGUGGGGGCAGAGUAAUGGAGGGGGGGGGGGGGGCAGAGUAUUGAGGGGGGGGGCAGAUUAAUGGAGGGGGGGCUAGAGUAUUGAGGGUGGGGGAAGAGUAAUGGAGGGGGCAGAGUAUUGAGUGGGGGACCAGAGUAUUGAAGAGGCUUGGAGACCAGAGUAUUGAGUGGAGGACCAGAUUAUAGAGGGGGGGGGGGGGGCAGAGUAUUGAGGGGGGGGCAGAGUAAUGGGGGGGGGGCAGGGUAUUGAGGAAGCGUGGAGACCAGAGUAUUGAGUGGGAGACCAGAGUAUGGGAGGGGGGGGGCGGACCAGAGUAUGGAGAGGGGGGGACACCACAGUAUUGUUUGGUCUAAAGAUGAGAUUUCCCUUAACAUGAAAACACAUUUUGUUUCAGGUUAUUGGCUUGGUACUGGUUCUGGUUCUGCUUGUUAUGAAUUCUAUUCUGACUGCAAUACCUUGGAGGGAUAUCUGUUCUAUUCUGACUGCAAAACCUCGGAGGGAUUUCUGUUCUAUUCUGACUGCAGUACCUUGGAGAGUUAUCUGUUAUAUCUGUUCUACUCUGACUGCAAUACUUUGUAUGUGUUACCGUUGUUGUCGGAUUGCAUUUCCUUGUAAUUUGUGCAACUGCAAAAAAAAUAGUUGGAUGACGGACUUUGAAAUCAAAUCUUAUCACAGGACACUAUUUAAGGAGUAUAUUUGCGAACAGAUAGACAUUCUUAUUGAAAACGACUUAAAGACAACAGCUAAGGAGUGUGUAGUUCUUAAAAUCAGAGAACUACUACAGCCCUCUUCGAAAGCAGUCCUUUCAGACACCACACAGGGAGGAGGCGGGGCAAGCAGCAGCCCCACCCGUCCUGAGGUGGAAGAUAGUAGGAGCAGCACCACCCGUCCUGAGGUGGAAGAUAGUAGGAGCAGCACCACCCGUCCUGAGGUGGAAGAUAGUAGGAGCAGCACCACCCGUCCUGAGGUGGAAGAUAGAGUGAUCACCCUUGACAACCUUGAUUUUGACAAGAUAUCUGAUCUACAUUCUCGUAUAAUCAGCUCUUUGUUCCCUGAACCUCCCAGUUCUUCAGCCCCUGCAACCCCCCAACAGCCCAAACAGGGAGAAGACGGGCCAAGAAGCCAGGAA